UUCGAGAAGAUGUUUGCAACAAUGCUGAAGAUAUUUGCAAUUAUAGCAGCCCUUUCAGGCCACAUCAGCGGCGUGACAGUGACAGCUCCCCAGAGCACGGUGAACGUCACUGUUGGUGGAAAUGCCACUCUUCUCUGCACAUACACAACAACUGGGUCUCUGGAGUCACUCUUCAUUCAGUGGAGUUUUUACAGUGCCAAAGAGAAACAACCUCUAACAAUCUAUUAUUUUCAGAAUGGACAGGCUUAUGAGUAUGGAGAGUUCAAGAACAGAAUAAAUGUGACAACAAACCAAGGAAAUGCAUCAAUAACAAUUUCCAACAUGCAACCCUCAGACACCGGGCUUUAUACCUGUGAAGUUUUCAACCCACAAGAUUCAAGUGGACAGAACCAGAAAUCAGUGGCUGUCAGUGUACUGGUCAAACCUUCACAGCCUCACUGUAGCUUACGGGGAACUCCUGAGACAGGCCACCUUGUCUCUCUCUCCUGCUAUUCUGAAGAAGGGAUGCCUGCGCCUACAUACCAGUGGUAUAAAGUAUCAGAGGGGACCCAGAAACCCGUGACAGAACAAUUCAAUACAAAAACUGGGCUUUUGAUUAUUGGUAAUCUCACCACCUUUGAAGCUGGAUACUACCGGUGCACAGCUAGUAACAGCCUUGGAAACAGCAGCUGUGAAGUUGACCUGACUGCAGCACAUUCAGAAGGUGGUCUCAUUGCUGGAGCAUUAAUUGGAGCAAUUCUGGGAGCAGUUGUUAUCUGCAUUGUUGUCUGGUUUUUAACCAAGAGGGAGAAGAAAAAGGAGAGAAAAGAGAAAGCAGCAAAUAGUGAAAUGCAACCAAUGACUCAGAAACAACAGGCAAAUGUGGAAUAUGCUAAUAUACCCACCCAAGAAAAUGAGUCUGUUGCCACUGCUACACCAAGCAGACAAGCUAAUGCAGCCAAUGAAUACUCUACUGCUGCGGAAACUGCUGCCUCUGGAAUGCCUGAAAACGAUGAGAUGCAAGGAGUGGAGACACAAACAAGAGCCUAAAAAUUCUAUUGCAAUUUCCUUAUGCGCUAUGGACCCCAUCCUCAAAAAUAUUGGUAUUGAAUUAACGCAGGAAGUAGUGGGGUUAUAACCCACACACCUGCAUUUGUGGUAUUAAUCACAAGGUGGGAGUUUGAAGGUCAUGCCUUCAACCAUCCAAGUAGUAUGUAUAUCAUGGCCUCAUUUUUCAAUUUUGUUAUUGCACUUAUUAACUAUCUAGCUAUGACUGUACCAAAUAUGAACGACAGCAUAGCUAAUAUCUCCAUUUAUCCAACCCAUUUGAGAAUAUUAAUUAUUAAAUGGGUUUGGAAAGACAGACAACAUUGGAGCUUUCUUAUUGGCUGCUGGUGAAGCUAUGUGAUGGCUUGUAAACACCAGAGUCCCUUUUCUGAAAGAAAGUGGUCAUUGCUAGCCAAUCUGAAGUGUUGCAUGUGCUGAGAAUGGCACAGGACGACUGUCUUAGCAAAUACAUUACAGUAUCUAAGGACCUGAUCCCACACCUUGGAAAUCAAUGGGAGUUUGGCCACUGACUUCAACAGGUGCAGGAGCAGACUUUUAGAGCAUGUGUUCAUAUCUGCCUCUAGUAGCCAUCCCCAGCACCAGUAACAGCCUGCUUCUCACUCGCAGCUAACGCAGUUACACUUUUAACUAAAGAAGUACUGUGGUAGGAAUGUUGUUGAAGUUCCUGGGUUCAGUUAUCACUGAUGAUCAGAGUCUGUAUGAAUGGCUCAUUAACCAAAACAAGAGGAUAUCAACAUUUGAGGCAAACUCAGAAAUUCAGACUGAUGAGGUGCUAAUUAUGAUCUGUACUAUAAAAGAGGGUUCAGUUUUGGCCAACUAAUAUUAUUUAUAAAAUUCCAUAUCUACCACUUUGCUGUACUCUAGAGAGUUCUCUUUAUACAUACAGACACUUAAAUUCCACAUACCAGCGUACAAUGUACUCGGCCACAUUUUUCAGUUUUGUUGCUUAAGUUGAAAAUUGACUGGACUAGAUGAUAGGGGUCAAAUCCUGAACUUGCUGAAGUCAAUGGCAAAAUCUCCAGUGAAGUCAACAGUGCCAGGAUUUCACUCUAGUGGGUACCCAAGCCCAAAUAUCUAAAAUGUCUGGGCCAAAUCUGAAGUCAUUACUCAGAGCUGUUUCUGCAGGCAAAACUCCCAUUAAUUUUAAUGGAUAUUUUGCCUGAGCAAAGACUGCAGGUUUGGGUCCUUAAAUUUGAUGAUCAUUAUGAGGUUACCUGAAAUUUUCAAUAGUCUUAUUGAAGUUGCCUUGUGAGUAUGACAAAAACUACAGUACUAAAUAAACAAACUCACUAGGAAAAACAAGUAAGGAGGAAGUACAAUCUGCUCAUUGAUUAUGUCAUUCCUCACCACAGGUGAAAAAAAAAAAGUUUGCGAACAAAAUAUUUCAAGUUUCAGAGUAGCAGCCGUGUUAGUCUGUAUCCGCAAAAAGAACAGGAGUACUUGUGGCACCUUAAAGACUAACAAAUUAAAAAUAUUUCAAGUGAAUUACCAGACAGAGGGAGCCCUCUACCUAGCUAACAAUAGUAUAAACUUUAUUAGUAAAAAUGUUUCCACUGUAAUAGGCAAACCCUAUGUAGCAUUUUGCUCCUCUUAUCAUGCAAAAUACAAGUGAUUUUAUCAGUGACCCUGUUUGUAGCUACAUUUUUUUGUUUUGUUUUUAACUGAGAUUUUUUCAUGUCCUGAGGUUUGAUAUGGACAUUUUAAAAAACUACCUACUGCCCUUUGGCACUAUAAAAUAGCAUGGUCUUCGUUUUUAUAUGCAUAUUGUGUAAUCGUACAGAUUAACAUCUCUUCUUGGUUUUCUUCACCUGAUUUCUUUGCUUUUUUUCCUUAACAUAAUUUAGUAAGCUAAGUUACAAGGCGAAGAGGUUACUAGGAUUCCUGCAAUAAUACAGGCUAUUUGAAUAUUCAUGGCACUACUACUAGUCAUACAUUUGCUGAACAUGAAUGGGAUCUGCAGCCUAUGUAAAACUAAUUGCAAAUAAAGUGUGUGACAGCAGUUCUCAGCAAAUAUAAAAAGCUAACUUCCUAACACCAAAUUUUCUAAUGCACCUCAUUAAAAUGCUAGACUGACUCUGGGGGAGGGCAAGUGGGGGAGGUUUUUCAGACAAAGUAAGUUUACUUGGGUGUAUUUUUACUAAGGGAGGUUGAUAUGUUUCUUACCAUUUUGGGAUGCACCAAGAUAUGAUUGCAACUGAGCUAGCUUCAAACAGAUGGGUUAUCAGGAUGUAGGAUUAUAACUGUGUUUUUGCUUCCAGUGAACAUCUUGGCAAAUUAAAUAAAAAAUAAUCAAUCAUGUUUGUACAGCACAGAAACCCAGGAAGAGCUGCAUGAGUGGUGGAGGCUAUUUUUCAGAACUUUGCUCUGAUGCAGUAGACUUUUUUUCUUGUGUCACCCAACUAUCCUCUCCGGGGAGAUAGGGGAAUGUUAUUAGGUGCCAUGGAGUCACAGGGUCUGGUCUAUGCCCCAGCCUGUAACCAGUCUCCAGGGAGUGACCCCUUUAAUGGGCCAGGCCCAAGGACCUACACAGUUCCAAACGGGCAGGUCCAUGGCCUCCGUGACUCAGCACCAGCAAUCCCCGUCUCUCUCCUUGGCUCCCUGCAGCGAAUCCAACCAAGUCACGAGUCCUGUGGGAGGCUUGUGCCGGCCCCUUCAGAACAGAAUGCUCACAGCAAGACAGGCAGCCUUUUCAAACAAGGUAACAGUUUAUCAUCACCUGGCACGCAAAAUCUAGAAGUCCUUAGAUUAGCACACACAGGCAGUAGUUAAGCAAUAGUCUAUCCUAGUCAAACCAGUGCCCUGAUGAGUCCUCUCUGGUCCUUUUUUUGUCUCCUGUGGUCUGGCCACUUGAGUCCCUCCAAAAGCCCCCUUCUUCCAGUCCCUCUGUUGAUUUGGGUCAGGUCAAGACUUUUUUUUUUUUUUAAGUGACUAUUCAUUCCCUGCUCUUGCCCACCCCCGCAACAACGCCUGCAUUGUUCCAGAGCAGGGUUACCCUGCUCAGUACACAUUCUG